AUGGUCAAAGCUGCAGCGGACGUCAAGAAGGCGACGAAGCAGACAACGCUCGCCGCGUUCUUUGGCGCGCCGAAACCCAAGCCGGCCGCACCUUCCCCAGCUACCCAGGCUACGCCCAAGGCCACACCAAAGGUGAAGACGACCCCAGCUAGCAAGCCCAAGACGCCAAAGGCUGCCCCUACUCCCGCAGCUGCCUCAACAUCGCCCCCGUCUUCAUCGCUCCGCACGCCACCGAGCGACCCCAUUGAGCCCGAGGAAGUCAGCGCCAAUGUGCAGAUCGCACGUAAGCCGCAGCCGGAGCGCUCGGCCAGUCUGAGCCCGCCACCCGAGAUUGUCUCCAAGCCGCGAUCAAAGCCCAAGGCGCCGCCGUCGCCAGCGGCGGAGGCGAUGGACGUCGAUGAGGAGGAAGAGGAGGUGUUCGUCCCCGGUCGCCGCAAAAGGAAGGCCGUUAAGUACGUCCAGUCCGACAACGAUGUGUCCGAGGCCGGCGUCACGUCCGAGGAGCCUUCCUCGCCAUCUGUGGCGAGUGUCGUGUCCGAGGCGUCUCCUGUCAAGAAGCCAAAGAAGGCUGCUCCCAAGAAGGCACCCCUCAAGGCUUCCCCGUCUCUGUCCCGGCCGCCACUGUCGCAUGCGUCGAGCAGCGGCGCCGCGGACAUGUUCCUGACUGCCGCCGAGCGGAAGAAGAUUCAGGCAAAGGGCGACAAGCGCAACGCCGAGACCUGCUUCGAGUUCCUGGUCGACAUCAAGGACAAGGAGGGCAACCGCCCUGGCGACCCGGAGUACGACCCGCGUACAAUCUACAUUCCGAAGAAAUCAUGGGGGUCGUUCACGCCCUUCGAGAGGCAGUUCUGGGAGAUCAAGCAGAAUCACUACGACACCGUACUCUUCUUCCAGAAGGGCAAGUUCUACGAGCUGUACGAGAACGACGCAGCCAUCGGACACCAGGAGUUCGACCUGAAGCUCACCGACCGCGUCAAGAUGAAGAUGGUCGGUGUGCCGGAGCAAAGCUUUGAGUUCUGGGCGGCCAAGUUCCUCGCUGCGGGAUACAAGGUCGGCAAGGUUGAGCAGGCCGAGACGGCGAUCGGCAUGGAGAUGCGUACGACCAAGGGUGGCGGCGCCAAGGAGAUUGUUCGCCGCGAGCUCGCGCAAGUUUUCACCAACGGCACCAUCGUUGACGGCACGUACCUGACAACUGACGAGGCAAAUCACUGUGUCUCGAUCAAAGAGUCCUCGCUUGGACCCAACUUGCCGUCAUCCUUCGGCAUCUGCGUCAUGGACGCGUCGACUGGGUCCUUCAGCCUGACAGCGUUCGAGGACGACAUUUGUUGCACCCGUCUGGAGACGAUGUUCCGCCAGAUUCGUCCCAAGGAGCUCGUUUUCGCCAAGGGCAAUCUCUCCGUCGUCACGAUGCGCUUGCUGCGCAACAUUCUUCCCCCAAGCACGCUCUGGCAGUCGUUCAAGGAGGGCAAGGAGUUCUUGGACGUCGACGACACCAUCGCAGCUCUCAAGGAAUACUUUCCUGAGGGCGAGCUUCCCGCGGCGAUUACCGCCAUGACCGAGAACCACCUCGCUGUUGAGGCCGUCGGUGGCCUGCUGUACUAUCUGCGCACCCUCAACCUCGACAAGGACCUCAUCUCGCAGAAGAAUUUCAGUGUCUACGACCCCAUCCGCGAUGGCAAGGCGCUUGUCCUCGACGGUCAGACGCUUGGCCACAUGGAAGUUCUGAUGAACAACGAGGGCAGUGAAGAGGGAACGCUGCUGAGCCUCCUUCAGCAGUGCCACUCUCCGUUCGGCAAGCGUCUGUUCAGGUACUGGCUGACUGCCCCCCUGCGCGAUGCCGCGGCCAUCAAUGCGCGCCUCGACGCCGUUGACGACCUGAUGCACGCGCCGAGCUUCAUGUCCCAGUUCAAGGAGCUCUGCAAGGGCAUGCCGGACCUCGAGCGUCUUGUCUCGCGCAUUCACGCCGGAUCCAUUCGCCAGCUCGACUUUGUCAACGUCAUGAACCAUUUCCGUCGCAUCCAGUCGAGCGUGAACCGGCUCUUGGAGAUCGCCGAAGGCUUCGAGUCGUCGUCUGUCGCGGGCCUGCUGCGCAGUGCUCCGGACCUUGGACCGCACCUUCAGCAUAUCCAGAACAUGUUCACCCAGGUCACGGAUGAGAAGACCAUUGCGAUCCUGCCCACCGAGGGUGCCGACGAGGCGUGCGAUGAGGCUGACGCUGCCGUCGCCGAGAUCGAGGAGGAGCUCAAUGCUGCCAUGGAGCAAACACGCCAGGAACUGAAGCUGAAGACGGGCGAGAUCCGGUUCUGGCACUCUGCCCAGGGCAACAAGGAGAUCUUCCACCUCGAGAUCCCGGCCAAGACGAAAGUGCCACCCAAGUGGACCAAGUGCGGUAGCUUGAAGCAGGUGGCUAGGUACAUCACGCCCGUCACGCAACCUCUUAUCCGCCUGAUGCAGGAGGCGCGCGAGACGCAGUCGAUCGCGAAGAAGAACUUCUUCAGGCACCUCCUGUCCGAGUUUGACAAGGAUCGCGAUGUGUGGCUCAAGAUGGUCAAGGUGAUUGCCGAGCUGGACUGCCUGAACUCGCUUGCUCGCGCCUCGUUCAACCUCGACGCGCCCAAGUGCCGCCCUACCUUUGUCGAGUCGGACCAAGCCUUCAUCGACUUUGAGGACUUGCGUCACCCCAGCAUGUGCCUGAAGCGCGACUUCAUUGCGAACAACGUGCAGCUGGGUGGCGAGGUGCCUCGCACGACGCUCCUGACCGGCCCGAACAUGGCGGGCAAGUCAACGCUGCUGCGCAUGACGGCGGCAGCCGUGAUCAUGGCGCAGAUGGGCUGCUACGUGCCUGCUGCGUCUGCUCGGCUGAGCCCCCUCGACAAGAUCCAGACGCGUAUGGGUGCGUACGACAACAUGUUCGCCUCAGCAAGUACGUUCAAGGUCGAGCUGGACGAGUGCAGCAAGAUCCUCCGCGAGGCUGGUCCUCGCUCUCUUGUCAUUCUUGACGAGCUCGGCCGUGGCACGUCCACGUACGACGGCAUGGCGAUCGCUGGGGCGGUCCUUCACCACCUCUCGACGCACACACUGCCGCUUGGAUUCUUUGCGACGCAUUACGGCUCGCUGACGGACGACUUUGCAUACCACCCCAACAUUCGCAACAUGCACAUGGCAGUGCACGUUGACGACACUGCCGGUGUCGUGUUCCUUUACAAGCUGAUCAAGGGCCACGCCGAGUCGUCCCACGGCACGCACGUCGCAAAGCUCGCUGGCGUUCCAGACGCCGUCGUGGCGCGUGCGGACGAGGUGUCGGGCGAGUUCUUUGAGCAAUUCCAGCAAAAGCUGGAGAGCCGCAGGCAGUCGUCGCUCAGCAUCCCGGCGCAGGCUGACUUUGCGUGGCUCGUUCACCUCGCUCAGGGCAAAGAGGAGGCGACGACGGCGACGGUCGCGGAGCAGCUGGACGUGGUCAGGAAGGCGGUCGCGGCGUAUGUGUAA